UCGUGUCUCCCACUUAAGUUCUCUCCUCACAAGAAAACAGAGCAAGAGAGAACAGGGGCGACCUUACCUUUAAGAACACAGAGCAAUGGCAAGAAAGUUAAACAUUGUUUUUCUUGUAGUAAUAGCAGUAACAGCUUUGCUACAAAGCUCAGUGGCACAAACAACCUUUCAGGUGGGUGAUGCAUUGGGUUGGACAAUCCCUUCUAGUGUUUCCACUUACAGCACUUGGGCUGCCAACAAGAACUUCAUCGUCGGCGACAUUCUUGUAUUUAACUUCACAACUUCGCAACACACCGUAGCUAAAGUCAGCAAGUCUGAUUACGAUGCUUGUAACCCUAAUAAUCCCAUUUCCAUUCAAACCAAUGGUCCUGCAACUGUGACUUUGAAUGAGACUGGGGCUCAAUACUACAUCUGCACCGUUAGCACCCAUUGUUCCUCUGGUCAGAAGUUGGCAAUCAAUGUCAGUGCGGCUACUUCUUCAGCUCCACCACCUAGCACUUCACCAGCUGCUACUCCAACACCUGCUCCAGCUCUUGCUCCAGCACCUACUCCAUCCAGAGGACCGGCGACCUACACAGUUGGAGACACACUGGGUUGGACUGUUCUUUCUAGUGCUUCUGUUGCUUAUCAAAAUUGGGCUAGCAACAAGACCUUCUUCGUUGGAGACAUUCUAGUCUUCAACUUUGCAAACGGAACACACAACGUUGCCGAGGUAACAAAGCAAAACUACAACUCAUGCAACACCACCAGCCCUCUGUCUCUCAAUGCCAAUCCACCCGUAAGAGUGACUCUCACCAAGGCCGGCGAACAUUUCUUCACCUGCACAGUUUCAGGUCACUGCUCCGCCGGACAAAAGCUUGCCAUCAAUGUCACUGGCAGCACCACCGCCACUCCUCCUUCAUCAGCCACGCCACCAUCCUCCACCAGCGCUCCUCCUCCGUCCACCGCCGCCACUCCUCCAAGCACAACCACCAAUCCUUCAGUGCCAAGUCCGACAAGUGGUGUUACCCCACCUCCACCUCCAAGCUCUGCUACGUCCCUCAGAGUUACUGGCUUAUGUGCCACCUUCUUGUCCAUUGUCUUAGUCUUCUUGAACUAGAUUUGAUAGUGAUAUCAUGGUAGAGAAUUGGUGUGAUUCAUUUUACUUACGUGAUUGUCGUUAUACAGAUUGAUUUUUCGAUUUUUAUAUGCAAUAAGUUAUUUUUCUA